AGUAAUGCGGUUUUUGCACUUUCUCACGCUUCGCCUAAUGUAGUGGGAUUUUGGAUACAUAAGUGUAAAGUCACGUCACCUAUCUUAAUGUUUAAUGUAACAUAUUUUGUAAUCUUGUGCCAAAAAGGCAAGAUGCGCAACAGCACAAUCGUCUCUUUAAAUCCUCGGAGAGCCCUUAAACGCAUCACGAGGCAGUGAAAGGUAAGAGAUUGCUCCCAGCUGUGUGAGGUAGCGGUCCGGCUAACUUUGGAGCUAACUAUGCCUGGGAAAUGUAAAUUCCAAGAUUCCUGGCUCGCAAAGGACGUUUACAAGGACUGGCUGGUUAAGGACGUCCAGGACAUUCAUUUCGCCCGAUGUAGGGCCUGUUGUAAAUCAAUCAAACUUCAGACCAUGGGCGAGGCUGCUCUUACCAGCCACGCAGGGGGAGCUGGCCACAAAGCGGCGGUCCGCAAGCUGCUGGAAGGCAAUUUGCUGAUGACAAAUGCCAUUGGGCAGGUGAACGGCAGCAUGAACCAGGCAGAGGACAGCAAGGAGCAAGUGGCCAUCUGCCUCCAGCGUGACGCCUUGGACAGAAUAACAGGCAGCGACUGGUCAGAUCUGCACCACAGCCCCUCUACAAACUCCACCUCCCACAAUGCAGAGCUACAGGAUGUGGCAUUUCCUGCUACCUACUUCACAGCACCAGGCACCUCCAGGCUUAGCAGCCAGCAUCUCCAACCGUCAGGCAGCAAGACGGAAGACGCCAGUCGGCGCGCAGCUCAGCACGACUCCACAGGCAUAUCGAGACUGGAGCACCAGCAGAUAUCCGAGGCUCUGGAGCAGCAACAGCAGAUGAAGAUCCUGGAGUGGGAGAAUAGGAUGAAGGUGCUGGCAUGGGAGCAGGACCUGGUGAGGGAGAAGAGGAGAGCGGCCCAGCAGAAGGAGAAAGCCUUCAGGAUGAAAAAGGCCUACUACAAGGCCAAGCUGAAGAGAAUGGGCGAGGACGUGCCGCCAUCUUCCUCCAGCAGCAGCGACGAAGCUGAGAAAACAUCUGUCCCGACUGGUUGAUGAGCUUAAAUAUUUCUAUUUUCUAGAGUGUUUGUGUUGUUCUUGUAUUGUUUUGUCUGUAUGCCAUGGAACAAUUUUUUUCUACAUUUUUACAUCGCUGCUGAUAGUAAGAAUCACACCAACCAUCCCUCUGCAAUGUGAUUUCUUUCUAAAUCCCCCCCCCCAUUCUAACAGUUGUGAGAGGAACAUUUAAAGUAUUUUUAACUAAUCUUAUACAGCUACACAACAGUAUAGACAACUGCAGUGUUACUUUGUGCACCUUGUUGAAACAGUUUCUAAUAACAACCCUGUUUCAUCUGUCAUCCAUCACAAUCUAUCCCCGGGAUACAAAAUCAAUUUUCAUUGAUUGUUUAAGGCAGUAUUAUUUUCUCAGUCUAGGUUAUUUUAAAGGAUGUAUUGAGACGACAUGCACACACUACACAUGAAAAAGUGACAUUCCUAAAAGGACAAUCUUUUAACAAGCUUUUGUAGUGCAUGCUAACGUGAAUAUGUACGCUUUGUUUUUGAUAUGUAAGUAAAUGUCCAUUUUUUUUGGUACUACACUGAAGUUGGCUGAAUAAAUAAG